UUCAAUUGCGCAUACUGGCGUUGCUGUUGCCCUGACCCCCACCUGCAGGGCGCUAUACACGUCGUUCCCUUCUUAGGCAUUCAAGUUGCAUGCCGCGGACAACAACACUCAUUCGCCGCCGCAGCCCGCCCUUUCUUGGACCCCUAUAGCAGCUAUAGGACACGAUCGCUAGCAUCACCACCACAUACGCUCUUUGACCAUGUCGGCGCCGCUGUCCCCUCGAGGGGAGAACCCGCCGCAUCUCCGCCUCAACUCUGGCUCGCAUGACAUAAUAACGGACGACAACUCGCCGCCCCAAGUACGACCGAGCACAGCACGAACGAAUUCGGCGCGAUCAUUAACGGCAUCUCUUCGACCUGGCACCGCACCGAGCUCUGGCCUUCGAUCAGUGACACAAGAACCCAACAUCUAUUCCAAUGUCGGUCUUGCAGAAUCUGGGGAUCUCCUGUUGCCGCCGCGAAAAUCGAAGAUGAAGCCCUUUAGAGAUGAAUCGCCGCUGCGGUCGCAUUCGGCCAUGUCCUCGCGGCGCACAAGUUGGGAGUCCGAUAUGUCAUCGAGAGGACCAUUCGCCUCGCCAUUCGACGAUUCAAGAGCACCAUCGCGGGCAGGGAGCGAAGAGGAUCUCAACACACAGACAGUAUCGGAGAAGUUCAACAUCCAUCCGUCUGCAGGGUUACUACUGUUUCCAGAAGACGUCGAGGCGGACGAUGCUCUGCACAACCCAGAACCAGGCGAGAAAGAGAAGCGCGACUGCGAUAUCUUCACAAGAAGAGGAAUGGUCAACCUGGGUGGUCUUGGAAUCAUGGUGCUUGGCCUGCUGUUCUUGUUCAUUGGCUACCCUAUCCUUACUUUCGUCGACAAGUUGACGGAGAAGGAAAUCGGACCUUGCACGAACAACCCGCUUUGCAUCAAGGGCAAAGAGCACGAGCCGCUUUUAACAAACCUGCGAAAGGGCCUGGUCGACCCAGACACACCGCAGUCUGCAAUGACACGCAAAUCAUACGAUGGCUCUACGCAGAAGUUGGUUUUCUCUGACGAAUUUAACACUGACGGACGUACUUUCUACGAUGGUGAUGAUCCAUAUUUCCAGGCCGUGGAUAUCUGGUACGGUGCCACGCAGGAUUUGGAGUGGUAUGACCCCGACGCGGCCUAUACCGAGAACGGUACACUGAACUUCAAGUUCGAUCUGUUCAAAAACCACGGCCUCAACUACCGAUCAGGCAUGGUCCAGUCGUGGAACAAGUUGUGCUACAAGGGCGGCCAUUUGGAAGCUAGUAUCUCGUUACCUGGCAGAGGCGACAUUAGUGGUUUCUGGCCUGGUUUCUGGACCAUGGGCAACUUGGCUCGUCCCGGAUACCUUGGUUCAACCGAGGGCCUGUGGCCGUACAGUUACCACGACAAGUGCGACAUUGGUAUUACGCCAAACCAGAGUUCAUACGAUGGUCUCAGCUAUCUCCCGGGAAUGAGGCUCCCUGCCUGCACUUGCUCAGGUGAAGACCACCCCACCCCUGGCAAGUCUCGUAGCGCUCCCGAAAUCGAUGCUCUGGAAGGCUCAGUUCACUUUCUGGGACCCGGCGAGAGUAACGCUGUGGGAGUCGUAUCUCAGUCUUUCCAAGCUGCACCUUUUGACACCUGGUACAUGCCGGACUAUGAACAAAUGGAGGUCUACGACAACACAAUCACCAUGAUAAACUCGUACAAGGGCGGGCCCUACCAGCAAGCUAUUUCUGGUCUGACUAAUUUAAACACUGAUUGGUAUGAUGGCAAGCAGUACCAGAAGUACGCGUUUGAGUACAAGACAGGCGAUGAUGGCUUCAUCACCUGGUACGUGGGCGACGACAAGACCUGGACGAUGAAGGCCCCAGCUACACGUCCCAAUGGCAACAUUGGAACUCGAGUGAUUCCAGAGGAGCCUCUGGCCAUCAUCGCCAACUUUGGCAUGUCCAACAGUUUCGCAGCCAUCGAUUUCGCACAAAUUGCGGCUAUGUUACCCGCCAUCAUGCGUAUCGACUACAUUCGUAUAUAUCAACCAGAGGGCAACGAGAUCAUGACCUGCGAUCCCGAAGGCUAUGAAACUACGUCAUACAUCAAGAACCACCCGGUUGCUUACGAAAACCCCAACCACACAGACUGGCAAUCGUCCGGUUACGACUGGCCCAAGAACUCAUUCAUGUCCGACUGCAAAUAAGUCGCUUGAGCUUCUUCUUUUCUACCUCGCCAAGGACUGCUGGAUAGUUCUUCGGUGUGAUCCUUCCACGUUGGCGGCCACAUUUGCUUACGACGAACGACAAUACCCCAGACCGACCAUUGCAAAAGCACGUAAUCAUAGACGUUUUCUU